AUGAGAUAUGCAAACAGAAUAGCUUUGGAGCAACCGGUCCCGACUUGCACCCUCCGAAUAAAAUUCUGUUCGCUUCCUCGCGACAGCAAGGACUUGUUGUGGAUCAAAAAGAUAACUGUAAAUUGCGUUCUUUGCCCACCAACCCAACCGCCUCUAGGGGAGGCACAGAUGAGCUUCGAUAUGUUGCAAGUUCGACAAAUGGUGGAUGCGAUGAACCUUUCCAUCCCUCCUUCGGCGCAAAGUCUUUUGCAAUUCCUUGAACUAUCGCAAAUAUCAAACCGCCAAGUGCUGAACCCACAGAACCUGUCCCUCCCGCGGUCGCCACACUUCCCGAGCCAUCACGAAUCGUUAAAUGGGAAUCUCAGCGUGUCGUCUCUUGCAGAUAGUCUCGCCCAAAUCCAAUUACAAACCUUAUCUCCCACCCCUUUGCCGCAGAGCGCUGAACUGAGUUCAUUGCAAUCAACCCGGACAGUCCGUUCAACAGACUGCCCACCUGAGUCAAGGACGCUUCUUGAUCCGGCGCCUCUGGAUCCAUAUACGCGCAUCAUGCAGCAGAUCGACGCCAAAUUUGAAGUAAUGAAGAGGCAUUUUGAUGCACGAUUUGACGCACUGGAGAAUCACUUGACUCAGCUGGUUCAGAUAUUGAGCAAUGAGAAUGCGUGA